AUGGCAUUCUCGUCGGUCAACUCAGAAACAAGUGAUACGCCACAUCCUGGGCCCACACAACAUGCGCUGGGUAUUCCUCGCCCGCCUUCCGUGGGAGGUAUCUCGUCUCGAGUAACGGAGGAUAUGACUUCUGAAGAUGGGGAUCAGUCACAAUCAAAUACUGGAAUCUCCUCGCACGCACCGCACCGGUCACGGCCAUCCGUAUCUAGUAGGCCCGGUCCUCCUCCUGUGAGGAGUUCUGUUACCAGCCAAGCAGCAAACCGACCAGGAAGCUCGAAUAGCAGACUGAGCCGGAGCCACAUUCCUUCAUUGACAGCGCAAGGCUUUUUUCGGCCGUUAUCUUCUCAGCGACUCCAAGCCCAUCGCGGUCGUCCAAUGACGAAAGGGACAGAAUCAUCGGAAGACUGGGGUGAUCACGCAAGUCAAAAUAGGCGCAGUUUAAUAUCCAAUAGUACGCUUGCUCAGAGCUCUAUUCCACAGGAGCAGGACGCUCCUCCGUCUCGAGGCACUGAAUUCACAGACCCCAUUAUCCCUGACCGAAACACAUCAAACGCCAGUCCCAUUGGUAAUACAACAGCGCGAAGUAUAGGCGAAAGUGCUAAACUUCUACGCGACAAAGAAAGACAGAACCAACCUUCUCAGCCUCAUCUCAAUUUGGGUGUGGGCGCUACUAGUCCAAGCGGUCAUGACAUUUCCCAAAGAUCUCCUCUUUCCUUCUUAUCUCCACCAAAUAGAAGCGGCGGCCAAGAGCACCGCGAUAGUCGGAAUCACGAACGGCUGUCAUCAGCCGGUUCGUCUCCAGGAUCCAUUGAGAAACAGAGUCGGACGGUAAGCAAGAGCCAUCUGGGCAAGAACUAUGAAUAUUUCCUUGGCAACACUAUUUUCUGUGGUGGUGGGAGGUUUCAAAAUUCUCGGGACAAGCCUGUCAAUGUUGCAACUGGAGUAUUGGUAGUUGUGCCAUCAGCUUUAUUCUUUGGGUUCUCGGCACCUUGGCUUUGGCACAACAUCUCACCCGCUAUUCCCAUAUUGUUCGCUUAUCUCUUCUACCUAUGCUUUUCCUCGUUUUUGCACGCCUCUGUCGUUGACCCCGGGAUCAUUCCUCGGAAUCUUCACUCGAUGCCACCGCCAGAUCCGUCAGAUGAUCCGCUAGCGAUAGGUCCACCAACAAAUGACUGGGUGAUGGUUAAAUUGGCGACCUCUGAGGUUGCAGCGAUGGAUGUGCCGGUGAAAUUCUGCAAAACCUGCAAUAUAUGGCGACCUCCACGUUGCUAUCAUUGCCGUGUCUGUGACAAUUGUAUCGAAACACUUGAUCAUCAUUGCGUUUGGCUUAAUAACUGUGUCGGCCGUCGCAACUAUCGCUAUUUUUUCACUUUUGUGGGCUCGUCCACACUCCUCGCCUUCUUUUUAAUCGGCGCAAGUCUGGCACAUAUCCUCGUAUAUCGAUCACAAGAGGGUAUUUCUUUCAAUGAUGCGAUCGAUAAGUGGAGGGUACCUUGGGCUAUGGUCCUCUAUGGAGCCGUUGCGGCUCCGUAUCCAGCCUCCCUCUGGGCAUAUCACCUAUUUCUGGUUGGCCGGGGAGAGACGACUAGGGAAUACCUAAAUUCCCACAAGUUUGUGAAAGCCGACCGUCAUCGGCCCUUUACUCAAGGAAAUAUCCUGAAGAAUUGGAUAUCCGUCUUUGGGCGACCACGGCCCCCGACAUACAUGCAAUUCAAGAAGUCAUAUCACGAGGGUGACCAGCGCUUAAGCAUGGUGAAACGAAAAUACCUUCCGCGAGACGUUGAAGCUCAAGCAGGCAUAGAGAUGCAGCAUGUCCCUUCUGAUCAGCCGCAGGACUGA